UUUAAACCCGCCCAUCGUAACGCCGUUCGAGGUAGGGGAAAAAAAACUAUCAGCAAAAGCAAAAACAGACAGUUAAGGGCCCCGUUUCGUCUUCAGUUUGGGGUCUUUUAUCUUUUUUUUAGUAAAACUCGUUUUUUUGGCUCGGCGUGAUCGAAUGUCUAAUCUACGAAUCCCUUUCCGAAAAUUUCCAAAAGUGGAGAACGGGACGAGAAGUAGUGAGAAAAGAAAGCAAAGCCGAGACCAUAUCACAGUAGUGGGGAAAAAAGUCUUUAAGCCGGAAUCUGGUCAAAGCAGCUAAAAAGAUUUUGCUCAAUUCCUAUUAACAAACUAAGAAUAUACACUGCAUGAAUGGCAGCUGUGGAUGACUUCAAGUUCCAAGGGAAUGUUUGUUUUUCAGAAUUUGACGACGCAGCCAACUUGUUGGCAGCCAGUCCAGAUGCCGUCACUAUUAGUAUUGAUGAACCUACUGAAAAAACAAAGAAAAAACAUGGACGUCUCCAAGAAUCUGGAAGAGAAGAAGACGAUGAACUGCUGGGGACAGAUGAUUCUGAUAAAACUGAGUUGCUUGCUGGGCAGAAGAAAAGUGCUCCAUUCUGGACAUUUGACUAUUAUCAGACAUUUUUUGAUGUGGACACGUACCAGGUUUUGGACAGAAUCAAAGGUUCUGUAUUUCCAGUGCCAGGGAAAAACUUUGUGAGACUGUACAUUCGGAGUAAUCCUGAUCUUUAUGGUCCAUUUUGGAUAUGUGCCACGCUAGUCUUUGCUGUUGCAAUUAGCGGCAACCUUUCAAAAUUCUUCAUACAUCUGGGUAAACGUGAUUUUCAUUACGUGCCAGAUUUCCGCAAAGUCUCCAUAGCUGCGACAGCCAUCUAUGUUUAUGCCUGGCUAGUUCCUCUCGCUCUCUGGGGAUUCCUUAUGUGGAGAAACAAUAAAGUUGUGAACAUUGUCUCCUACUCGUUUCUUGAAAUAGUGUGUGUUUAUGGCUAUUCACUCUUCAUUUAUAUACCAACAGCAAUUUUAUGGAUCAUUCCGCAAAAUGUUCUCCGAUGGGUUUUGGUGGCAUUUGCUCUGUGUCUUUCAGGAUCUGUUCUAGUCAUGACAUUUUGGCCUGCCGUUAGAGAUGACAACCGGAGAAUCGCAAUGGCUACAAUUGUGACAGUUGUCCUUCUUCAUGCCUUACUGGCUGUUGGUUGUUUGGCAUACUUUUUCGAUGCCCCUGAACUGGAAGUCUUUUCAUUGACUACAGCGCUUCCACCUAAUGGAACAACAGAAGUAACAAAGGCUCAGUAAACAAGGAAAUUUCUGUGAAGUUCUAAAUCGGCUGAAUUGGUUUGCUUGAGAGUGAUUUUGUUGCUGCACAAAGGGAAGCAACCCGAAAUGAAACCUGGACCAUGGGGAAAUUUUGAGUGAUAUCUGAUGUCUCUAGAUACUGUUUGAAUACAGGCACACUAUCUAUUAAAAACAUAUAAUCUACGUUUCUGUAAAAUGUCACAGAAGGACAUGGAGAAUGAUUUUUAAACUUUCAAAUUAAAAUAAUUACUGUUGAACAUUUGUUGUCUUUAGGAACCAUGUUUUUUUUUAAAAAAAAAACAACAACAUAAAAUCAGCUGUAUUUAGUCUUUACAGUUUUAUGGGGGAUGGCUUCCUUCCUGUGCUAUAAUGACCUGCUGAUGCUCAUUGAGUAAUGACAUGACAGAAGGAUUCUCCAGUGUGGGGGUUACUACAGAUAAUCCUUGACUUACAACCACAAUUGAGCCCAAAAUCUAUGUUGUUAAAUGAGACAGUUAAGUGAAUUUUGCCCCAUUUUACAAUUUUUCUUGCCACAGUUGUUAAGUGAAUCACUGCAGUUGUUAAGUUAGUAACCUGAUUGUUAAGUAAAUCUGCUUGACUUUGCUUGUCACAAAGGAUGAUCACAUGACCCCAGGAGAUUGCAACCGUCAUAAGUAUGAGCCUGUUGCCAAGCUUCUAAAUAUUGAUCACAUGGUUACAGAGAUGCUGCAAUGAUUGUGUUAAAAACUGUCUAAAGUCACUUUUUUCAAUGCCAUUGUAACUUCAAACAGUCACUAAAUCAACUGUUGUAAGUCAAGGACUAUCUAUAUGUGAAAUGAUCUCUCAUUGAAAUUGGGCAGGUUCUCACUUCGUCAACAAAGACCUUUUCAUCCUGGCACGUCUGCUAUUUCUUCAACUUAGUUACACCAAGAAUAGUUGAAUUGCCUUGGCUUUCAUUUUUUUGAAUGAACUUAUUUCACUGUAUUUUAUUGUUCUUUUCAUUAUUUUAUUGUAAAUCUAAUGUGUUUUUAAUAAAAUGGAAAGCUCUGUAUACAUUUUUAAAUA